ACCCCUCCCUACCCACCAACGCCAAUCAAGCUCUCAAUUCCCCCAUCAUUAAUGGCUUCCACUUCCACAACCCUUUUCUUGAAUUCCUUCAUGAUUUUCUUGAUUCUCCGGCUCCCACACAACACUCUCUCUCUCAAUCUCCCCACCUCCACCAUCUCAGCUGCGCCGUCAUUGCUCCCCUUCCCCCCUUCAUCUUCGCCGCCGCUCCCUCCGGCCUUAUCUCCCGACAUUACUCCGCUGUUUCCGUCGCCCGGCGGCUCUGAGCUUGCUCCAUCUGAUUCUUCACUGCCCACAAUCCCUUCAAGCCCCAGCCCCCCAAACCCGGACGAGAUUCUAGCUCCUGGUCCUCUAAUGGCGGCUCUUUCACCCUCUGGGUCAUUGCCAGUUUCACCCUCUGUUUCUCUUCAUGCACCACUCAUCAUGGUUCUUGCUGUCAUGGCAUUACACUCUGCUGUAUAAAACCGCCUCCAAUAAUAGUAUGUGAGUGGUCUACUCGGUUUCAGUAUUCAAUAUAUAGAUUAUAUAAUCGUAUCUGUAUAUUUUUCUUCUUUUAAGUAUAUAUAUAAAACUCUGCUUUGAUUUGUAGUUUUAUACCUACAAGAUUUGCAUUA